GAGAGAGGAAAACAGAGUUUGAAAACCAAGGCUGAAAUUUUACAAGAAAUGGAGGUCUCUGUGAUUGCAAGAAACAUGGAAGAAGUUGUGUUGUUGGUUGAUGAUUUGAAAUCGGUUUCUGGGAUUUCUCGCUGUAGAAUAUGCCAUGAAGAAGAAUUUGAGAGCAGCAAAACCUUGGAAGCUCCUUGUGGUUGUUCGGGGACAGUGAAGUUUGCUCACAGAGACUGCAUUCAGACGUGGUGCAAUGAGAAAGGAAACACAACUUGUGAAAUAUGUCUCCAGCAAUACGAACCUGGAUAUACAGCGGUUCAGAAGAAAUCGCAAAUAGCUGAUGCAGCAAUGACCAUUAGGGAUAGCCUGCAAAUUUCAAUGACUGAACAAGAACCGUUAAACGCAAGAAUAGUUGAGGGAAACAAUUACUCUGAAUGCACAUAUGCUGCAGAUAGAAGCGCGGCCUGUUGUCGAUCCCUGGCUUUAGCUUUUACUCUUAUCUUGCUUGUAAGACAUCUUUUUGCACUGCUUACGAAUGGGAUGGAAGAUUAUCCAUUUACAAUUCUUACGGUAUUUUUACUGAGGGCCAGUGGAAUUAUUAUACCGAUGUACAUAAUCAUUAAGACGAUCGGAGCCAUACAUAAUAACAUCAAACGUUAUCAUCAUCUUCAUGAGGAUUCUGAUGAUGAGUCCUCGAUAUCAGAUGGAGAGGAGGAAGAAAAUGAGAGAGCAGAUGAUGCAAUUUUAAGACAUUGACAAUGAUAGCUUGUAAUUUUAUUUGAUUUGUAUCAGAGCAUUAUGCUGAUGCUCUGUCAAAUUCUACCAUUUUGAGUGAUAAAUUUACUGUAGAAAAAAGAAAUGAAAUUCUGAUUGAAAUGCAAAUAGCUUUGUCUUACUUGUAGUUUUUCCUACCAAGAACCAAACAUGAAACUAGAAUGGGCAUGUCAGAUAUAUCUAAUGUUG